AUGUUUCAAAUGGCGAAAUACGAAGAAUACGAAUACGAAAGUGUCGAGCAGCGAAAAAUGCGAUGUGUCGCAUUUUUCGCCGUUGUCAUUUCAACAGUUGCUGUUAUUGCUUCAAUUAUUACGCUACCAAUGCUUUAUAGCUUUUUACAAUCAUUUCAAAAUCAUCUAAUAAUUGAAGUCGAUUUUUGUAAGUCAAGAACUCGCGACAUGUGGUUUGAAAUGAAUUUCUUAAAUGAUGGCAAACGAUACAAACGUAAAAGUGGUACAUGGAUGUUUGGCCAGUACAUACCUGAUAAUCAAAAUUAUAAAAAUUACAUUCGCUCUUCAAAUGCGUACCAACCAUCAGCUGUUGCUGUAAUUAACGCCGAACCAUCAUCAUCUUCUUGUUGUACUUGUCAGCAAGGUCCUGUUGGUCCUCAAGGACCACCAGGUGCGGAUGGUCCGACAGGUGAUAAUGGGAAAAUUGGUAAGGAUGGAAUUCCGGGUAAAGAUGGACAAAUAUUACUGUCUGCUAUUGCAUCUACUGAGCCAUGUAUAAUUUGUCCUCGUGGUCCAUCAGGUCGUGUAGGUGAAGCUGGCCCGAAGGGACCACGAGGCCCAAAAGGUCAGAAUGGGGAAGACGGAUCUGAUGGCAAAAAGGGAGCUACGGGCAUGACAGGAUCUAUAGGACCCCCAGGAUCUAUGGGAGCAGAAGGCCCACGUGGACCAACAGGUGCGCAAGGAAUUGUCAUACCGAUCAAUGGCCCACCGGGACCAAUAGGCCCACCAGGUCCUCCCGGACCGCCUGGACCACCCGGCUUGAUAGGCGAAAAUGGCAAAAAUAUCACUGGCCCUCCUGGUCUGCCAGGUGACGAUGGUGUUUACGGCCAGAUCGGAGUACCCGGUCCUCAAGGACCAAAUGGUCAUCAGGGUUUGCCUGGAGAAUUAGGUAGUUGUGAUCACUGUCCUGAACCGAGAACACCACCUGGUUAUUAA